AUGAAAGGACGCUCACUUCUCGCCUUCGCCUCUCUGGCUCAGGCGUCUAUUGACUCCUUUGCAGCAAUUGGCAAACCGGACAGCCAGAAUGUGCUACAGGACCAUCAUGUAGCAACCCACUCUUCCAGCAGCCGUCCCAACAUCGUCUUCAUCCUCGUCGAUGACCAGGACCUGCAAAUGGACUCCCUCCACUAUACUCCACGCAUCAACCACUACCUCGCCAGCCAGGGCGCCUUUUACCGCAACCACUUCGUCACUACUGCCUUGUGCUGUCCUUCACGAGUGAGUCUCUGGACCGGCAAGCAAGCUCACAAUACCAACGUGACCGAGAUCUAUCCCCCAUACGGAGGAUACCCCAAAUUCGUCGCCGAAGGCCACAACGAGAACUGGCUCCCCCUCUGGCUCCAAGCAGCCGGCUACUCCACCUACUACACAGGGAAACUCUUCAACGCCCACACCGUGGACAACUACAAUGCCCCCUUCGUCACGGGCUUCAAUGCCUCCGAUUUCCUCCUCGACCCGUACACUUACCAGUACCUUCGUCCUCACUACCAACGGAACCAGGACCCUCCAACCAGCUACGAGGGCCAACAUACCGUCGAGGUGAUCACUAAAAAGGCCCUCGGGUUCCUCGAUGAUGCUAUCGCCGGCGAUGAACCAUUCUUUCUCACCGUCGCCCCAGUGGCGCCGCACUCCAACCUGAACAUGACAGACGAGAAUGACACCACGACAUUCCGCUUCUCUCCUCCUAUUCCACUAGACAAACAUAAGCAUUUGUUUCAGGAUGCUAAAAUCCCCCGAACCCCCAACUUCAACCCCGACCAUCCUAGUGGAGUUAGCUGGGUGCGGUCCCUCCCGCAGCAAGGUGCUGAGAGUGUCGCCUAUAAUGAUGAGUUCUACCGCGAUAGACUCCGUUCGUUGCAGGGUGUGGAUGAACUCGUCGAGGAAAUAGUCCUUCGAUUGGAUGAUGCGGGUAUCCUUGAUAAUACGUAUAUUUUCUAUACCUCGGAUAAUGGGUACCAUAUUGGUCAGCAUCGCCUACAUCCUGGUAAGGAGUGUGGGUUCGAUGAGGAUAUUCGAGUUCCGAUGUUUGUUAGGGGACCGGGAGUGCCGAGGGGAGUGGAGGUGAGUGCGGUGACGACGCAUAUUGAUUUGGCGCCGACUAUCUUGGAUAUUGUGGGUGGUGAAGCGGAGGGUGAGCUGGAUGGGGUGGCUAUUCCGUUGACAACAAAGGAGAUUCAUGCUGCGGAUCUCGAUGGGGGCAGACAUGAACAUGUUAAUGUCGAGUAUUGGGGGUGGGCUGGGUUUGAGGGUGCUUUUGGACGGGAUGAGAACGGUGGACCUGCUACCUUCACCAAUAAUACCUACAAGGCGUUGAGGCUGAUCAGCCCCGACUUUAACCUUUACUACUCUGUCUGGUGUAGUGGCGAGCAUGAACUCUACGAUUUGACUACGGACCCCUACCAACUGCACAACCUCUACCCAAACCUAGCAGCAUCCAAAAUAGGAUCCUACUCCGCCGUCAAAAUAUCCACUCGUCUCGAUGCCCUGCUCAUGGUGCUUAAAUCGUGCAAAGGAGAUACUUGCAUCCAGCCAUGGCGGACUUUGCAUCCUUACGGCGAUGUGCAUAGCUUGCUUGAUGCGCUGGACGACACGUUCGAUGCGUUCUAUGUCCGUCAGGUACGGGUGCAGUUUGGCUGGUGCGAGCAUGGAUAUUUGCUCGAGGCCGAAGGGCCGCAAGUACCGCUGGCGUAUCGGCAUACGAGGUGGAGUGAUUGGGUUUGA